ACUUCCGUGACAAUCUGGUCAGCGAGCGUGACAGCGUUAUCAACAACAACAAGAGCGAAGCGGAACUGCUCACAGAUCAAAGUGCGAAAUUCAAACUAAAACGAAAUGUGUUAACUGACUGUCUGUGAAUGACAGCUUCCUUUCACCAGUCUCAGCGAGGAGCUGCUCAUUCAGUUUGCUGUAAUACGAUAUAGUUUGCUGUCUUGUUUGGUGUCUGGCUGGCUUUCGAUGCAACCAACUUUUAUCAAAUUAAGCGGCAGUUGCAUAAAAAUGCAUACACUGCUGUGUCUCUAGAAAAGCGACGUGAGGACACUGAACUGGGACCAGUCACUAUAUUUUUUUACUGGUUUGCGGCAACUUGAGGUACACAGCUGUGACUGUGGACUUGCCAGGACAAAUAGCACAGCAGGUUGUUUGUUACCUUUCCAUCCAAAGCUGCAGAAGGUGUGUGACGUGGGCCAGUGCAAUGGAAGCCCCUCAGUUUGAAGGGCGCACUUUUAUGCAGGUGAUCAGUGAAAAAUACAGCCCAGAGAACUUCCCGUGCCGUCGAGGUCCAGGCAUGGGGGUGGUGGUUGUGCCAUCAGGGCAACAAGGAUCACCAAUGAAAGACCGUCUGAACCUUCCCAGUGUGUUGGUCUUGAACGGCUGUGGAAUCAGUCACGCGGGGCAUGAGGGAGAAAUCGCUGCCUUCUGUGCUCACGUGGUAGAACUUGAUUUGUCCCACAACAAGCUCCAGGACUGGCAUGAGAUCAGCAAAAUUGUUUCUAACAUCCCAAACCUGGAGUUCCUGAACCUCGCCUCUAACCAGCUGAGUGAUGCAGUCUUGGAGUCAAACUGUGCUAAGGCCUUCUCCAGCAUCCGGCGUCUAGUUCUUAACAAUACUCAAGUGUCCUGGGACACAGUGCACACUUUCACACGAGAGAUGCCUGAGUUAGAGGAAUUGUUUCUGUGCCUUAAUGAGUACACCACUGUGACAACUUUCGCCAUGCCCUGCUCCACACUGCGUCUGCUCCACAUCACAGACAACAGCCUGCAGGAGUGGAACGAGGUGCGAAAAUUGGGCUCCAUGUUCCCUGCUCUGGAAACUCUAAUCAUGGCCAACAAUAUGCUAAGCUCCAUUGAUGACGCGGGAGAAAUCCUUCUCCGGCUCUUUCCUAACCUACGAACCAUCAAUCUGCAUAACUCCGGGCUUAAUAAGUGGGAGGACAUUGAGAAGCUAAACUGUCUGCCCAAACUGGAAGAGGUGAGGUUGCAAGGCAUUCCUCUGCUGCAGGCCUACACAUGCGCAGAGCGUCGCAGUUUAGUGUUAGCCCAGCUCCCGUCAGUGACCUGCCUGAAUGGGAGUGUCGUGACUGAAGGAGAGAGAGAAGACGCUGAAAGAUUCUUUAUCCGUUAUCAUUUAGAUCAUUCAGAGGAAGAGCUGCCCCACAGGUAUCACUGCUUGGUGACCAAGUACGGGAAACUUGCUCCUCUGGCUGAGAUCGACCUGCGUCCACGUUGCCAUGCAAAGGUAGAGGUGCGUUAUGAAGACAAAGUGGAGCAGGUGAACAUCCGGCUAGACCAGACUGUGGCAGGGCUGAAGAAACAGCUAAAGAAUGUAGUGCAGCUCUCCACAAGCAACAUGCGCCUUUAUUACAUCGACAAGUGCUCUGCCUUUGGGCCAGAUGAGUUAAAAUACACCGCUCGAGCUUUGCACUCUUAUAGCAUUCAAGAUGGGGACGAGAUCCUGGUGGUGGCCAAAAAAAAGUAGCUGUUGUGUCCCCAGAUUGUGAUUUCUGUAUUUAAAUAACCAAAUGCUCUUUGAACUAGUGCCGUCCGGGCUCCACCGGUUGAUUUUCAGGGAACAAAUAUUGGCUCAUCAGAUUUGCGGGGGCGUCAAGGACGAUUCAAGCGCCACUUCUCAUUGCACGUCACUACACAGUCGCCAGAAACACCAUGACUCGUGUGCACUUUUAUUUCGGUUUUAUAAUAGUUUUUCGUCCGUCGCUGAAUUUUUUUUUCUUUGAGAAUAAAGCACAGAAGAGGGCUCUUGUAGCCUAUAAUGUGCAUUCCGAUCAAGACAAUCACCUAUAGAUUAUAUCCACUGACUGAAAUAUCAAACUGAAUGAAAAUAUUGAACUGCACUGUUGUCUUAAAAAGAAGUCAUGGAUAUGUCCAUUGCCUGCUGAUGUGUGCCAUACGCUGCAUCAGCCAUUAAAUACGUCUCUCAGGCCUUAUAUAUUUUAUGGCCACUGCUCGCUUCACUUAGGUUUAGAUUUGGCAAGGAUCUCAUUCACAGACCAGUUCAUUUGAUCUAUGUUUAUAAUCUGAUUGAGACCGGAAGAAAAUUGCCGUGUUGCAUGCUUCGUUUUUUCCUUUCGAUUUUUUUUUAAGAAACAUUUAUUCGUGCAGUAUUUUUAUUUAUUGUGGUGUUCAAAAUAAGACGAAACAAACCAGUAGCAAAUCAGUUACGGUGUAUGACUUAAUUCAGCCAGUAUAGCAUAACCAGGGGUUGUGGCUACAAUGUUUAUUAUUUAAGCCCUUUUUGACUUGAAUUAAAUUGUAUUAUGAAAAUGAAUAAAAGCUGAUUAAAAGGACCAGCAAAUUAUUUAAUUAGGUUUACUUCUGUGUCCCUCUCAUUUCCUUGUUAUGCCUGGGUCACCAAUAUCUACCAGGUUUAGCAUCUGGGACUGGCUAAAACACAAAAAUUUAUUGCAGUCAAAAUUAUUGAAAAAAGGCCUCUUCAAACCAUGUAAUGUGAUUUAUGACAAGAAGGAUUUUGUGAUUUAAAAAAUACUGUUAGUAAAUUAAACAGUUUUUAUGUGCUGAAUACCAAUAUAUACUGUAGUGUAAAGUAAGAUUUUACUGUGAAUGUUUUCAAGUGCUCAUAAACAAACUAAAGGCUAAAAUAUUUAACAUUAAGAAAUGCCUGGACGAAAUCUAAAUGAUGUUGCUGUCGUUUUCAGAUUUUGGCUUUUUCACUUUUUAUUAAUCAAGACUUAUAACCAAAUGGUGAAAUGAGUAGAUAGUCAGAGAUUUAUCAGUGGCUUAUACAUGCAUAACUUGUAUAACUACAAAAAUGGAAAGUAAAUUAUAACACAAUCACUACCUGAAUUAGAUACCUUGUACUUGCACUAGGUUAAAAUGAUUGUUUCACUAGGAAAAGAAAGAUUGUCAGAUAAACUGUAUAUGAUAUGCCUUUAACAUGCAUUCCUUUUCCCUUCACAUGCUACAUUAACGCAGUAUUAAGCUUUGAGAAUUCCCUUUUAGACUAUCAAUAUUUUAUGUUCUGUGCCCACACAGGACAUGCUACUGAUAAUAGCAUUUCACUUUUGCAUAAUUAUUUCAUGCUUUAAGGUGAUGUCACUGACAUUUUUGUUGUUGAUGCGAUUUAAUUUGUUUUUUUAUCGUCUGAAAUGUAUGCAAGUUGUGAGCUGACCCGUUUUGAUCUUUCCCAAAUAUUUUCUCUGUUUGAGAGAAUUUAUUAUAUUGUUAAAAAAAUAUAUUACUAACUAUCUUUCCUCUCUGUUUUACAUUCUCACUACAUUUGCUGUCCCGCUGUUUAUUUGGGUGACACUUUCAUGAUGGGCGUGUAAAAAGUAUUUUAAACAUCAGAUGGAUGAUUAAUGUGAGAGUCAUUUAUGGAGUGGAUGCUUUAUGCCAGUUAUUGUAAUGAUCAUUGAAAUACUUGACAGCUGCACACAUCUGUGUUGCAGAUUAAAUCAUAUUUGACUGUUUUAUGCCAUUGUUUUGCCAACAUGUGUGCUUAUGUGUAUCAGUUGAACAGAGUGGCUCAAAAGGACAAUAAACUUUUAGUGAUGGUCAUGA